CGAGAGAGACGCUCAGCUUCCGGCGUUGUACACAAAGAUCCUCGUACGAACGUGCUGUGUCGUUAUACAACUUAUAUAGACGGUAAUUGUCGGAAUAGCAUAGCAAAUAUUUGCCAAAGAACCAGGUCUGGUUACGCCACCAUGCUCAGCUCAGUGUGGACCCAGCCCCGACAGGAGAACAGGGUGAGAGACCCGAUGCUCGACAAGGAAGACGACGCGCCCGAACACCGCGGGCCUGUACACGACAUGGAGCCGGGCGAGCCGAGAGACCAGUGGGCCCGGAAAGCAGAGUUUCUCCUGGCCAUGGUCGGCUAUGCAGUGGGACUGGGAAACGUCUGGAGGUUUCCUUACCUCUGUUACAAAAGUGGAGGCGGUGCGUUUCUCAUCCCUUACUUCAUCAUGCUGUUCCUGUGUGGUAUUCCCCUGCUGUACAUGGAGCUGGCAGUAGGACAGUACACACAGCAGGGGCCAGUAGGGGCACUGGGCAAGAUCUGCCCUCUUCUGAAAGGAGCUGGAUUGGCUACAGUGGUGAUCACUUUUAUUUUCUCCACCUACUAUAACGUCAUCAUCACAUGGGCUCUGUACUACCUCUUCAACUCAUUCCAGGAGCCAUUGCCGUGGGCUAGGUGUGACAACCCCUGGAAUACUGGAAACUGUACAACUGGUAUGAACCGCUCCCUACUCCACAACGACAGCACUUCGCCCAGCAAUGAGUUCUUCGACCACAAUGUUCUGGAGAUCAGUAGUGGGAUAGAUGAUUUUGGAGCCCCCCAGUGGGACCUGUCCCUCACUCUGCUGCUGGCCUGGAUCAUCGUCUACCUGUGUAUCUUCAAAGGUGUCAAGUCAACAGGAAAGGUGGUAUAUUUUACUGCGACGUUCCCGUACAUCGUGUUGAUCGCCCUCCUGAUCCGCGGGGUAACACUGGACGGAGCAGUGGACGGAAUCCUGUUCUUUCUCGAGCCCAAAUGGCACCUGUUGGGUACAGCUGAGGUAUGGAUCAAUGCUGCUGCCCAAAACUUCAAUUCUAUCGGCUAUGCCUUUGGAGGUUGUAUCGCCUUAUCCAGCUACAACAAGUUCAACAACAACGUCUUCAAGGACACAUUGAUGAUCGCAUGUAUCAACUCAGCGACGAGUCUCUUGGCGGGAUUCGCCAUCUUCUCUGUCAUGGGCUACAUGGCGUUCUUACAGGGCACUACUGUUGAGGAGGUAGCAACACAAGGUCCAGGACUGGCAUUUGUGGUGUACCCCCAGGCCAUAGCCACGAUGCCUGUGUCUCCUCUCUGGUCCAUUCUCUUCUUCAUCAUGCUCCUCCUCUUGGGGAUUGACUCUCAGUUUUGCACAGUGGAGGUGAUCAUCACCACCUUGUACGACCACUUCCACCCACUGAUCAGGAAGUACCUGAAGAGGAAGGAAGUGUUGGUGCUUCUGGUGUGCUGUGUGUCGUACCUGCUUGGGCUUCCCAACAUCGCACCGGGAGGGAUGUACUUUUUCCAGCUGAUUGAUUUCUAUGCUGCGGCCAUCUCUCUCAUGAUCAUUGCGUUUUUCGAAGUUGUUGCCAUUUCAUGGAUAUACGGUGCCAAUAGGCUUGCCCGGAAUAUAGAAGAGAUGACAGGAAACAAACCCUGGCUGUACUUCAUCGUGUGCUGGUACGGACUGUCUCCAAUUCUCAUUGGGGGGAUCAUGAUCUUUGGGUUUAUUCAGUACACCCCUGUAAGGUAUGGCGACUACUACUACCCAGGCUGGGGCCAGGCUAUUGGCUGGGUUAUUGCAUCACUUUCCAUAAUCUGUCUUCCAAUCGGAGCCAUCCACGCAUUGCUGAAGGAGAAAGGAGGCUUUGUGGAGCGCUUCAUGGCGACCCUGAAGUCAAAGAUUCCUGACCGAGGCUCACUCGCAUUUGAACCAGAAGAAUUUGGGUCAUACCGUAAGGAAGAUCCGGGUCUGCCACCAUCGUAUAACGACAUCUCACGCCAAGAAGGAUUCGCCUCGGCCCCACCUCCAUCUUCAGUGCAAGAAAGUGCCCUUUGAGUUCUUGUAUCUGCAUUAUUCUGUAUUGUAUAUAACUAGUAAAAGUGCUAUUCUGUGUAAGACACCAGCUUUGCAUGCACGGUGUCUAGUUAUAAAUGCAUGCCAUCAAACAAAAUGCCACACCUAACCUGUACACACCUGUAGCUCCAAGCAUGUUUUAACACUACCUACAUGUAUACCAGGUGUUCUCCCAAUGUUUAUGUCCUAAAUGACUAAGUUUAUGCUUUUGUUGUGUACUUUAUUCAUAAGUUGACAGAGACCCUACAUAGGAAAGCUGUAUAUUUCUGUCAAAAUCAUGAGUUAUUUUUCUCUUUUGUUUGAAAUAAAAUGGCUCCUUUUAGUAUAGAAGGUAGAAUUAGAAGGAUCUAAACCAGUAUAUUAUACAUUCCAAGCAAUGUAUUUUUACAGCAUUGUCAGUGAAGUCAUAGGGCAAGUUGCACUUAGAGUGGUGUAAAAUAUGACUUUCAAAUUUUACAUCAUAUUUUAGAAAGCUACUAUUUUAUAUUGACAGGUGAAGGAAGUUCUACCAAAGGUAACAAUUGAAGUAUACACCAGUAUUGUGCAGAUUAAGUGAAAUUUUUGCUAUGGUGUAAAUUUGUAAGGAAGCAGUAUAUGUACAAUGAUAUUUUUGUAUAUUUAGCUUUUACAACUUGUACAACAUUAAAGUUAAAGUAUGUUUUCUAUUUAAUUUCUCAAUGUGUCUCACGUACAUGUUGUCCAUGGCUGUCCAUCACAUGUUGUCACAACAACAUAUGAUUUGCAUACUUGGGAAUUUAAAUAGUAAGCCCAACUUUUGGUAAUUGAUAUGUUGUACUGUUGUAUAUCAUUUAAGCAUAAAAGUACAUGCAUUGCGUUUUCUUGCUGGAUUGUGAAAUCAGUUUGAACUAGUUUUGUUUACCUAGCUUAAAGAGUAUAUUAGUUGAUCUAUAUUAUGAUGAUUUGAAGAAAGGCUAAGUUGUAAAUACACGUCAUGCACUUUUAGGAUAAGCUCUGUGUUUUUACCUGCACUUUUAUGCAAAAGAGCAACAAAAUCAAAGGCUGAAUAAAACAAUACAUUUACAUGUACAGUGUAUACACACGUUUUUGAAAGUUUACAAUCUACAGUAAGACUUACCUUGUAAAGAAAAUAACUUAAUAAGUUAUUGUGUGUCUCAUACAGUCUGUAUACAGUAAAGUGCCAGC